UCGCUGCUUAGGUCGACUCGAUUUUUCGCAGAUGCCAUCAGUCUUGUCCCGUCAUGCCAUACAUGGCCCGAGUUUAGUUGGGUUCAAACUCGGACCUCAAGAUUCUCCAUGUUCGACUUCCACUUGGAACACUUGAGCGGAACCAAGUCAGCAAGCAGAUAGCCGCAUUGGCACCUCAAAGUCCAGUGGCAUUGCAUUUAAAUGACAGCGCCGACACCUCAGUGCACCGCAGCCCGCCGUUAGGUAGGUAGUCAGUCCCAGCGUCGCAACCCGACCGAGCGACGUCAACGUAGAGGUAAUUUGACUGGGCUGCGUCAGGUUCCAUCUACAAUCUCUCGCCUUCUAUCGGGCCAUUGGCACAUUUGAACCUUGUCGUCCUCCCUCAGUUAAACAAAGUCAAUCAAUUUACCUUUGCUGUUGCCCUCGGCUCUCCUUCACAAUAGUUAUUCCUUCAACGCUGCCACGGGACCUCCGGUUUUUUUUUCCUUUUACUUGGACGUGUGAAGGUCUUUUCUUUCCCCUUUGCCUCAGUGGUUAAAAGUUCCUGAUCGGCGGCGCCUGCGGACUCCUCCAAAAAUCGCGAUCCAUCAUCGAGACCAGGCAACCUAAACGCACCCGCUGCUUUCAUCCAACGGCGCAACUCGACGACAACCAAUUUGUAACUCACUCCAAAGUCCCAUCUUUUGCGACUCCGCCUGCCGCCACCAUGGUGGUCGAUACCGCUUACUAUGACGUCUUGAACGUCAAGCCCACUGCGACUGAGCUCGAGAUCAAGAAGGCCUACCGCAAGCUCGCCAUUGUCCACCAUCCCGACAAGAACCCCGACGACCCUACCGCCCACGAAAGAUUCCAGCAGAUUGGUGAGGCCUACCAAGUAUUGUCCGAUUCUGACCUACGCGCAGCCUACGACAAGUAUGGCAAGGAGUCUGCCCGGCCCACCGAGGGCUUCGUCGAUCCCGCCGAGUUCUUCACAAGUAUCUUUGGUGGUGAGGCCUUCGUGGACUGGAUUGGCGAGAUCAGUUUGAUGAAGGACUUGACUGCCACCAUGGAAAUCAGCAUGGCCGAAAUGGAGGCAGAGGAGGCAGCCGCCGCCGCUGAAGGAGGCGAGUUCCCCGGCACUGACGAGGCCGUCAAGGAAAGCCUCAAGACCGCUGCUGGCGCCACUCCCGCAGACGCCUCCACUUCUGCUCCCCCCAAGGUUGUGGUCGAGGAUGAGGCGUCUGCUGCCCCUGCCGCCGCACCCAAGGCCCCAUCCCCAUCACCUUCGCCAGCGCCUCCUUCAGGCUCGUCCACUCCUCGCAGUGGGAGUCGCAUGCAGAUCCCUAUUCGCCCGGCCUUGAUGGACAGGCCCGCGGACGAGGUUUUACCCGGGACUGAGGAGACCAACACCGACAUCAACAAGAAGGGCAAGGAUAAGAAGAAGGGCGGUCUUUCCAAGGAACAGCGCGAACAACUCGCCGCUUACGAGAAGGAGCGUGCACGUAUUCGUGAGGAGCGCGUCAACACCCUCGCGCAGAAGCUGCUUGACCGUAUCUCCAUAUGGACCGAAACCGACAGGGGCAAGGAUGUCACAACUGCCUUUCAAGAAAAGAUGCGCCUGGAGGUGGAGGAGCUCAAGAUGGAAUCUUUCGGCCUCGAUAUUCUCCACGCCAUCGGUCAAACCUACGUCAGCAAGGCCACGGCUUUGCUACGCAGCCAAAAGUUCUUUGGAAUGGGAGGAUUCCUAAGCCGCAUGAAGGACAAGGGCACUAUGGUCAAGGACACAUGGAAUACCAUCAGCAGCGCUAUUGACGCUCAGCAGAGUAUGGAGGAGAUGGCUCGUAUGGAGCAGCUAGGUGGCGAGGACUGGACUGAGGAGAAAAAGAUGGAGUAUGAGAGGAGAGUCACGGGCAAGAUUUUGACAGCGGCCUGGAGGGGAAGCAAAUUUGAGAUCCAGAGCGUGCUCAGAGAUGUUUGUGACGCGGUACUGAACGACAAGAAAAUUCCUCUGGCGAAGCGGCUGGAAAGAGCCGAAGCGUUGGUGAUUAUUGGUGAAAUUUGCUCAAAGGCUAAGCGCUCUCCGGAGGAAGAAGGCGACUACAUGGCUUUCGAGCAGCUCGUCGCCGAGGCCAACCUGAAGAAGGAAAAGGAGUCCAAGAAGAAGGACAAGGAGAAGAAGAAGCGCCACAGCAGCGAUAAGGGAUCUACUCACUCUGCCCAGGCUGCGGCCACGGCUGCCGACGCGCCCAACGUACCGAAGACCUCGUCAUAGGAAGGCGACUUCUUGGUGUAAUGGUUUGCUGUUCUCUGUGGCUAGGCUUUCCCUUGAUAUACAGGCUCCUUGUUUGAGGACGGAUCCAAAAACGAGAGGAGGCACGGGAGAGAGUGUUGUAUCUCCUUCCCGAGGUGGGGCAUAUAAACGGUCGGCUAUACAGGUCACACUUUUCGCUAAGUGGCAGAGAUUGGGCGACCGGAGGACGCGGUUAGGCGUGAGAAAGAAGCCUUGGGCGGCGAAGGUUUUGUCUUGAAGAUUUACAAGGGACGAUAUCGGUGUGUGUGUAAUAUCAGCGUCGACUGACGGCGUGAGCUGGGGGUAUCUGCAGUGAGACUGAGACAUGCGUGUGUGAAGGUGGGGGAGGACUAAUACCCAAGAUGUGUGCAGGAAAGGAAAAUGAAAAAUAACAGGCCACCCUUGAGAAAUCCAGCUCUGUUCAUCAUCAUCAUCAUCAUCAUCAUCAUCACUGCCACAAACCUUGUGAACCUUGCUUUCCUAUGACUUAUCCUCACGUAGAGCCACGAGAAGAUCCCGACGGGAGGGACAAUCAUCUCAAUGUCUCUGAUUGGUGUCUCGCUGUCUUCAUAUGAUAUGUUUUGGCAAGUUUCCACUAUAGAUAGGAUGCAAUUUACGUUGACCUCUGGACCCC